AUGGGUAUUUCGGCAUCGCGCGCUUCUGGCGUUAACGAUUUGACGCCUUCACCUCGCCACGGCGGCGAUACGGAUGAGGUGCUGAAAGGAUUCGACACAUCGACGCCAACUGCGGCCGUUAUCGGUGCUGGUAUUGCUGGGGUUCAUGUCGCAUACGAGCUCGCUCAGCUUGGCUUUCGAGUCACUGUAUUUGAGAAGAGUCGCGCAAUUGGAUUGGGUGAAACGCAGUAUGCCUUUCCGUUUGUGGGUGUUGGUCUUCUUCAGCCAUACGUUCACACGAUACGAAUGAGUCGGGAAUUGUUGCGUGGAACUUUGGCAACAACAUGCCCGGAUAUUAUAUCUCUAGAGGACUCAUGGAAUUCGUUCUUUUCUACGGAUAUUCACCGCUGGUUGUGGGCGCGCCGCUGGAACGCAAUCAGUGAAGAGCAGGUGAUGUAUUACACGAAUAACUUGUCACGUUUGAGCCUUGACGUUGUUGAGGAUCUUGCCCGUAGGCACCGGAGCUUGUCGCCUUAUAUUUUGAGUCGUAAUGUUUCGGUGGGCACUUUGGACCAAACGUCAAGUGACGCCGGAAGGGUAGCAACCGCGGCAACGGCGCAUUCGAGACCUUUAUUGAUUGAUCCAGUCGGUUGGACACGCGAGUUGGCGCAGAUCUCUCAGAAACAGUACGGGGUGGAGUUUGCUCUUGGCGAGAAGCUCGUCGACAGCACAACGUAUCUCCGUUACAGUUCGGAGAUAAUGUCGACUUUGCGUUUUGCCCGUGAGGUUGAUGGUCAGCCGGAAUACAGAAACCGCCGUUUUGACGUUGUUGUGCUCACAGCUGGAAAUUACACGGGCCCCUUGACGUGGGGUUCCUCGCAACUCCCCAUCAUUGGUUUAGGCGGAUGCUCCGUUGCUUUUAAGGCGACCUCUCCUGAUAAGGCGUCUAACCCCCUUACGGAAUUAUUCUCUGGGGCUUCACCAGGCAUGAUCUCAUUGUCACCAAGCAGUCACCUUGUGGCGUACAAAUUACCUUCUUGCGGUGACCCUAGGAAUAGUGAGGAAGAGAAAAUCAUUGUGCAAGGUUUGAUGUCAUUUGACUCGACAAACAAGUCAGAAUCCAAUGUUGUGGGAAUUUUGAAACGCUUAGAAAAAUACCUUCGUGUGAAAUGUAAAAUGAAUAUCCCGCUGCUGGAACAAUAUCAACAAGAGCGACAGGAUUUUAACAGCACUGCGGGAGGUGUGACCCAACCAGACCACAUGAGGGUCACGAGGUACAUUCGUGCAUUUACUCCAGACGGUGUACCGUUGAUAGCGAAUAACGGGGCAUCGUUUAACUCCUUUGUUUGCUCUGGUUUUGGUGACCAUGCCCCUGAUAUGGCACCGGGUUCUGCGAAGAUAUUGGCAAAACUUGUUGAAUUGAAGGCUUCCGUGAUGUUACAUCACGACGAAGAAGAAAUGAGGCAAAGAGGCCAACAGAUUGAUGUCGUUAUGACAGAAAAACGUCUGGAUCAACUCCAUCGGGAGCUGCAGAUGUUGUGGAACGGUUGGCUUGCCACCACAGGGCCUCCACCCGGGCAAGAAAUGGAGACUUUUGGGCACAAUCCCUUUUCACCAUCCCGCUUUGGUGGUGUUGUAAAAGAGAAGGCUUCCGAUGUGACGCACCGAUCGUUUAUUAAUCGCUUGUUAAAUUUGGAAACGUCCUUGGUGCGUACGUGCGAACCAUGGGGUCAUUACAUCAACCAACAUGCCAUCAAACUGGCGCGCCAAGACAACAUGCCGGAUUGGCUAAGAACGAUUGUGUAUUACUACUUCAAUGAAGAGGAGGAUGACGAGGAGCUGCAGCAUUCCAGGAAACAAUACGCAGAAGGCAUUCAACGUAUCCGUGAGGAAUUUGAGGGUAAGACCCACACCUCUUCGUCAUCCCAGUAG